AUGGCCAGUAGCAAACUAUCUCUUAUCCAGGAGCUGAAAGAUUUAAUGCAUGCUGCCUUCAAAAUCAAGGAUUUAGGUGUUCUUGGCUAUUUUCUGGGGAUGGAAGCCACAAUCAGCAGUUCUGGCCUUAACUUGUGCCAACGAAAGUAUGCCCUCGAGAUACUUGAAGACGCUGGUUUCCUACACUGCAAACCGGUACACACGCCCAUGACACCGGGAGUGCUUUUAACUCACACCGAUGGCAUACCUCUGUCUGAUCCAAGCAGCUAUCGGCGAUUAAUCGGGAGGCUAUUAUACCUUACAGCAACUAGACCAGACAUCACGUUUGCUGUACAUCACCUUAGUCAGUUUGUAAGCACACCUACUGACAAACAUAUGAUAGCUGCUCACCGCAUAUUAAGAUAUAUUAAGGGAUCUCCAGGCCAGGGAGUGUUCUACCCAACCAACAACAAACUCAAGCUUCAAGCUUUCUCAGACUCCGACUGGGCAUCUUGCUCAGAAACUCGCAGAUCAGUCACAGGCUUUUGUGCCUUCUUAGGUACAUCCCUCAUCUCAUGGCGCUCAAAGAAACAAGCUACGGUUUCCAAAUCAUCCUCUGAGGAGGAAUAUAGAGCCUUAGCCAUGACAACAUGUGAAUUACAGUGGUUAAACUCCCUCCUUCAAGACAUGCAAGUAACCACAACUGAGCCUAUCAUUAUUUUCUGCGACAGUAAGUCUGCUAUGGCAAUUGCUGAGAACCACGUGUUCCACGAAAGGACUAAGCACAUCGAGAUCGAUUGCCAUGUCGUAAGGGAAAGGAUUGUCCAGGGGUUGAUUAAACUGUUAUCUGUGUCCUCUGCUAACCAAAUCGCUGAUGGCUUCACAAAACCGUUAGCUUCCUCUUUGUUUCAUACUUUUGUAUCUAAGCUGGGCAAACUCGACCACAAAAUGGCAACAGUCGAUCCAAUGUUGUGUGCCAAUUUUGUAACUUUGCUGGUCAUGAAACCCGUGUCUGUCGCAACUCCAUCCAAUCAGUCUCCUACAGCAAAUUCCACUGUAGGAUUGGCUUCACCAUGGUUAUUUGACAGUGAGGCGACUCAUCACGCCACCCCCAAUAUGGCUAUUCUGCGCACCUUCUCUGAGUACAAGGGUCCCGAUAAAAUACAUCUGGGUGACGGUCCACAGCAAAAUGUCUACAUCAAGAACAUGUGA